AUGUCGUGGCGUAACAGUACCAGUCAGACUGGCUCAAACACCAUUCCUCUGGGCAAGCGUCGAUUCGGUGGCGACGAUGCACCAGACGCAGGACCAGUCCAGGAAGAGCGUGGCCGCAGUGCUGAAGUUGCUGAACGAAAGGCACCCGAGUUGAACCCAGAUGGCACCAAGAAGCGUCGUAAACGGAAUCGUUGGGGUGACGCAGCCGAGAAUAAGGCCGCUGGUCUGAUGAACCUGCCGACCGCGAUCACGGCUGCUAUGACACAGGAGCAGAUCGAGGCAUAUGUGUUGCAUUUGCGUAUCGAGGAGAUUAGUCAAAAGCUAAGGAUCAACGAUGUCGUUCCUGCAGAUGGCGAUCGGUCUCCUUCCCCUCCUCCUCAGUAUGAUAACUUCGGCCGUCGUGUAAACACCCGCGAAUAUCGCUACAAGAAGAAGCUCGAGGACGAGCGGCACACACUCGUCGAGCAGGCGAUGAGGGAGAUUCCGAGCUAUCAUCCACCUGCCGACUACCGUCGUCCAGUCAAGACUCAAGAGAAGGUCUAUGUGCCUGUCAAUGAUUAUCCGGAAAUUAACUUCAUCGGGUUGCUGAUUGGUCCUCGUGGUAACACCUUGAAAACAAUGGAGAAAGACUCGGGCGCCAAGAUCGCGAUCCGUGGCAAAGGCUCCGUCAAGGAGGGUAAAGGAAAGUCUGACGCUGCUCACGCGAGCAACCAGGAUGAAGACCUUCACUGUCUGAUCAUGGGUGAUACCGAGGAGAAGGUUAACAAAGCCAAGGAGUUGAUCCACAAUGUUAUUGAGACGGCCGCAUCGAUCCCAGAAAGUCACAACACGCUGAAACGAAACCAGCUUCGUGAACUCGCUGCGCUUAACGGAACGCUUCGUGAUGAUGAGAAUCAAGCUUGUCAGAAUUGUGGAGAAAUUGGUCAUCGCAAAUACGACUGCCCUCAGACCAAAAACUUCACUGCUAACGUCAUUUGCCGAGUUUGUGGCAAUGCUGGCCACUUUGCGCGCGAUUGUCCUGAUCGUGCACGUGGUGCUGACUACCGCAAUCUGCCUCCUCGUGGUAGCACCAUGCAGAAUGACCUUGACAGACUCAUGGACGACUUUGACGGAAAGGGACCGACAACUCACUCUGGUCGACAGAUUGGUUGGGAUGAAGGAGGGCGUGGAUCGAACGACGGUCCAACUGGAGCUCCUGCUCCGUGGGCCACUGGAGGUGCUACUGGUGGGCCAGCACCAUGGUCAAAGCCACAGAACUCUGGGGGACCAUCCGCCGCUCCAUGGGCAAAUCGUGGCCCGCCAAGUCACAACUACGACUCUGGCUCAGGAGGUGGUGGUCCAGCUCCUUGGGCUCGUGGCGGUGGAGGUGGCGGCGGCGGCGGCGGCGGCGGCGGAGGUGGCUCUGCGCCCUGGCAGUCCGAUAACAACCAGAAUUACGGAGGUCACCAAAGCCAUGGAGGCUAUGGUCAGAAUGGUCAUGGAGGUGAUGGCUACGGACAACAAGGCUAUGGCAACCAAGGCUCCCGCUACGGUAACCAAGGCGGUGGUGGCCAGGACUAUGGUCAUCAAGACUACCGCAAUCAAGGCCACGGUGGUCAGGGACGCGAUUACCCACCUCCGCCACCGCCGCCGGCUGAUCUUCCGCCUCCACCACCUCCAAGCGACAUUCCGCCGCCUCCUCCGCCUGCUUGA